AAUUUGCUGGAGUUUGUUUCCUAUUGACGAUGUUAUUUAUAAUAAUAAUUAUAGUAAACAGAAUCUUAAAAGUCCAAUAAUAAAAUACAACUGCAUAGUUAAGAUCGCAGUUACACAUUAAAGUUCAUAUAGCGCUUAUCUUUAAAAACCCAUAAAUGCAAUUUCUUGGAAAUGCAGUUGACUAAGAACCCUUUACAGUUAUUUAACCGAAACACCUUCUACGUGACCGGAUGCACAAUUUUACGUUUAUGAGUCAUGGAAACAAAGGCAUGAGAAUAAAGCGGACGUUGGUUGAUUUCGUUACUAAUAAGUUGAUUCUCGCAUUAUUUAAGCUCCCAGUUUCCCCUUCAUCUCUCAAUAUUCAAUUUUCAACAGAUUGGUUAGCGGAAAAUUGGGAUCCCCCGGUAUUGUUAGCUUAUCAGGGUCUAUAAAUUCGACUUUGCAGUGGCCUUAGUUUAGUACUCAAAAGUUCUUCAACAGACAAACAAAGCGUUCAAUUUAAAGACAAAUUAAAGUAAAUAACAAAAUGGGAUCAACAUUAACUAAGAGCAGCAAGGAAACCAUGCACGCUAUCGAGAAUUUGGAAUUGUUGGAUCACCAGUUGUCGCGAAUAGCCCUCAUAGCGAAUGCAGAUCACAGGCUAACUCAAAAGAAACAAACAUUUAUAUUGGGACCAAAAGCUAUUGAUGAUGGGAAACCAGACGACCCUGUGGAAAAACAGAAGCGACUUUGGGCGUUGAUGCGCAAUUUGCCACAUUAUCCGCCCAGUGCCGAAAUGCUACAGGCUUUGCCCACCGAAUUCACCGACAAGGACUUGACUACUCAAAAUGCAGUUUUUGCCGAGUAUCUGACCACAAAGCGUUUGGAGUUUUACAACGUAUGUUCCGUGAUGCAAACGCUGCUGACAAUCGAGGACCUGUCCACCAUGCAGCUGUACGCCCUACUGCUCCAACCGGACGUGGCUGUACAACGAGUUGGAAAGUUAUCCUAUAAGAUUGUUCUCAAAACCACGAGCGUGAAUGCUGAGGAUGUGGUGGCCCCCAACCUGGACGAAGUAGUGUUGGUGCCCAAGUCCAGCUUGAUAGCCUCUCCGCUUCCAAAAAACCUACUGAUGGCCCUUCUGCCCCACGCCAACGAAUUUUUGGAAAAGAAUGAUCCGCAGCGUCGUUAUGUGGCUAAUGUGGACCAGGUCAGCCGCACCACUGUUCAUUUCCGUUUUGGCCGCCAUAAUUGGCCCGGUGACGAUAUCUUGCAAGGUCAAGGCUUCUGCGCCAUAAUUCGCUCAAGGCGCACACCCUUCCGAUACAUGUAUCGCGCGCUAAAACUGCUCCAGGAGAGUCCAUUGGUGCGCCGCUACUUGUUUCCGUUUCCCGGCUGGUUGACCCAGAUGGUGGACCAGUCGAAGAUCCAACUGCGUGACUGCGGAACCUUGCCCAGCUGGAUGCAAGCGAAGCCAAAAAUAGAGACCGUUCCUUCGCAAGCUAUCUUGCUCCUCAAUCCGACCAUUUAUUCCAAUACAGAGCAGUUCCAGGCGGUGAAGAGGAUCGUCGCAGGACCAAGCACUGAGGGACCCUACAUCGUGUUCGGACCACCAGGCACUGGAAAAACCACUACUAUUGUGGAGACCAUUCUACAGCUGCGCCUUCUGCAACCUAGAAGCCGCAUUCUUGUAACCGCCGGUUCGAAUUCGGCCUGCGACACAAUCGCCCUGAAGCUGUGCGAGUACAUUUCCAGCAACGAGCGGCUCCGGAAGCACUUUGCCCAGCAGGAGCAGCCGAAGCCUGAUCGGCAGUUGAUUCGCGUAUUCUCCCGUUCCAUCCACCACAAGGGACUGAAGACCGUGCCGCCACUGCUGCUGAAGAAUUCCAACUGCUCGAAGCACAUCUACGAGCACCUUGGAGUUUCACAUAUCCUCCAGUACGGCAUCACAGUGGCCACUUUGUGCACCGUGGGACGCUUGGUCAGCGACGAUCUGGGCAAGCACAAAUUCUUUAGCCACAUUUUCAUCGACGAGGCGGGCGCUGCCACCGAGCCGGAGGCCUUGAUCGGCAUAAUGGGAAUCAAACAGACUUCGGACUGCCAUGUCAUCUUGUCCGGCGACCACAAGCAGCUGGGCGCCGUCAUAAAGAGCAAUCGGGCAGCGUCCCUUGGGUUGAGCCAUUCCCUAAUGGAGCGUCUUCUCCGCUCGGAUUGCUACAAGGUGGAUGCAAAUGGGAACUUCGAUCGUUCUUUGCAGACGCGACUGCGCCGAAACUAUCGAUCCCAUCCGGAAAUUGUGCGCCUGUUCAACGAGCUGUACUACAACGGAGAGCUGAUCGCGCAGGCCCCCGAUGCAGAUGUAAACUUAGCGGAGAACUGGGCCCUGCUGCCCAACCCACGGUUUCCCAUCAUCUUCCAGGCCACACAUGGAGUCACCAAACGAGAGCAGCACUCCACCAGCUCGUUCAACCAGCUGGAGGCCCAAGUCCUGUGCUGGUACGUAAAACGCCUCAUAAACGACGGCUUGGGGCACGGAAAAAGAGUCAGCCAGGAAGAUAUCGGCAUAGUAGCUCCGUACACGGCCCAGGGCAAACUUGUUACCAAACUUCUUCAAAGCCAGGGGCACCCCAACGUGGAGGUGGGCAGCGUCGAGACUUAUCAGGGCCGGGAGAAGCCCAUUAUAAUCGCCAGUUUGGUGCGAUCGUUCGCCAACAUGGGAUUCAUGCGCAGUCCGCGCCGAGUCAAUGUGCUCCUGUCGAGAGCCAAGUCUUUGCUGAUACUGGUUGGGAACCCGGUCACGCUGCGACAUCACCGGGACUUCAAGUCGAUCAUUAGGGAGUGCAAGAAUCAAGGCACAUACGUUUUCAAGAAGAAGGGUGCCCAACAGAGACCGGAAUUCCUUCCAGAUGUUUAUGAGGAGCAGUCCGAUGAGGAGUCGAGCAGUGAGUCGGAGGACGAGGAGGACACUCCUUGGUUUGCCAGGAUGCCACAGGAUAUAAGUGUGACUACGGACAAAAUGGAAAAGCGUUUUUCCGUAUCAGAGGAGCUCACAAAGGCUAUAAGGAAUCAUUUGUGUCAGUUAUCAAUUUAGAGACCCGAAGAAACUAAAGACACAUUGUGUCGGAAAUUAUGAAACUGAAACUUUGUGUUAAGACUUUGAAAAAGUAUUAGAUUAAGCGAAUAGUGUUAUAGUGUGCCUCUAGGAUAAACCUUAAGAACUGAAGUCAAGAAGAUCCAAUUUUCUAGCUGCUUUGACAGCACUUUGUAAUGUAAGCAUUCCCCAUCUGUAAAACAGAAGUUUUUGUAUUUCUUUUAAUAUGAGUUUCUGAUAACAAUAUUCGGUUUGCGCCGUCUAGGACUGCGUUACGAUGAAUAACAACCUUAACACUCCAUUUAAAAGCCUGCAAAUGAAAACAGAAAAAUUCAAUAUAAUAAGAUUUGUGUAAGAAAUGGACCAAUCAAAUCCAAACGGAUGAGUUAUCAUGAAUGUGUUAAGUCAACUUCGACGUUUUAAGCCAAGUUUUAUAUUAAACCAAAUCGUUGAUACGAAUCGAUGUGUAUGCAUUAUCAUAUAUACGUAUAUAUUUAAGCGGUGUCUAUAUAAUUAGUAAAACGUUUACAAAAUACAAAUACAAUGAAGUUGCUGCGUUAGGUUUUGAAAAAUGUUUAAAAAUAGUUUUGCUCUUGUCAUAUUACAUAUUCAAUUUUUUUUCAACGCUCUAUCGUUUAAAUUCGUUCAGUCUUUGUUAAUCAACAACUUUGUUAAAGUGUUUACUUUUUACGUUGAGUUUCGUUUUUGUUCGAUUUUUUAAGCCAUCGAAGAUGAUAAACAUGUUUGCGAAAGAAAUGCCAAGUUUAGUUCGAUUAAAGUUUGCUUGAAUAAA